AACCCUAAUUUACAUUCAUGCCUGAAGUAUCCAUGAGAUGGGGGCGCCGCGGCACAAGGUGUUCUCAGGCUGCUACGCUCGAAAAGAUGUUCCUUGUCGCAUCUGCGCAUGAGGAUGUUUCUCUGUACUAGUACUAGUAGUGGUAGGGGCAGGAUUGGCCCUGGGGAGAACAGAACGAGCUCAAGCAUCCUGUUGCCAGAGUUGUCCCUUGAGAAGCGAACAGCUUUCGGAACUGCAUUGAUUAUCGUUUUUGAAAGCAGUAAUGCAGAGGUCUGUGGCGGGGGGUAAGGCGGACGGGAGCAUCAGUGGGAUUGCCACAGAGCGAGCUGGCAUGAUUGGUUCGAAGCUUGAAAGGCGCAAUUCGAGCUCAAGCCUCUCCAAGGGCAAGACAGCCGUCAUCAUGCCUGACGCGGACAAUGCUGCCAGCAUCUCAGCAACCGCUGCUAGUGUGGGGCACAAAGCAGAUUCGUUGAGAGAAGCAGCAUUGUCCUUUGACGGAGCCAUAGCUCCAGACCCAGAGCUCAACAAGAUCGAAGAGGGGUCAAUUCUCGACCGAGAACCCCCAAAGACUGCAUCUCACAUGGUCAAAAACACUGCUCUCUGUUCUUUCUGCUUUGGGAUGGGCAUGUCUGUCCUCUUCAUUCAUGUUGGGACCACGACGCUGGCUGCAAAGGAGUUCCAGUCCACUGCAGCGGCCACUCUGCCCUUUGGCCUGAUGCUCGUUGUCCAGACAUUCUUGUCGCUGCCCGUUCAAUAUGCAAAGAGGCGCUUUGGACAGAAAGUACUGUACGUCCUAGGGGGACUCAGCGGUGUCCUCUCCGGCAUUAUCGACAUCACCGCGAGCGUUGAGAGGUCGUUCAUUCUGUUGUGCGUUGGGGCAAUCUUUGCGGGUGCCGCAAACAGCCUUGUCAAUUUUUUGCGCUUUGAGGUGACGCAGUUCGUCCAUCGGAAGUACAUUUCGUUUGCCGUGUCGGCCGUGCUGGGGGGAGGGGUCAUUGCAGGCUUUACUGGCCCGCUAGUCAGCAGAUUCACGAGGCACACGUUCUCCGUCGAGUUUUCGUGCACGUACAUGCUCAUGACCGUCAUGUGGCUGCUUGAAGUGGCAGCGCUGUGUUGCAUCGACUUCCAGUCCGUGAGCCUCGCCCGAGCGCAUGCGGCGCUCCACAAGGAGGACGUCCGUCCCCUCGUCAAGAUCGUCCGACAGCCGCCAUUCCUAGUUGCGCUUUUGGCUGGCGCCAUCUCUUUCGGGAUCAUGGCGGGUAUGAUGGUCGUUGUCCCCGUGGCCAUGCGGGCAGUCCAACCGGGAUCAAGACGCGUUGAUACGAAGGGGCCGGCAGACCUGGUCUACGACUUCAGCGACACGUCGCUGAUUUCCAUCUUUCAUUACGAGGCCAUGUUCCUGCCCUCCUUCUUCACGGGGUACAUCAUAAAGCGCAUGACGGCCGAGGGCACAAUGGUGGCCGGGUUUGCAUUUCUUCUAGCAGGGCCGGCCAUCUUCUACGCCAACACUUCGUACAUCGUCUUUGUUUUUGGCUUCGUCUCGCUGGGGAUUGCAUGGAAUCUAGCGUACGUUGGCGCAACGACCCUGGUCGCAAGCUUCUCUCGAGCCGGGGAAAAGGAGAUAGUCAAUGGGUUUAACGACAUGAUCGUCUUUGGGACGACUGCUCUCUUGUCGUCCAGUGCGUCGUUUAUUCUACGCGCGAUGAACGAUUGGCACAUGUUUUCCACGCUGUACAUUGUCAUUGCAGUUCCUGCUGCGCUAGUUGUUAUUGUGUUCGCUGUGCUCAGACUUUCGGGGAGACUCGGAUGCACAGGUUGACGUAGCCUCACUCUAAGGUGAUAAUGCCGUCUUUGAAGGUAUUGUUAACUGUAUUUAUUAUAGCAGUUAUUGUUCUGUAUAUGGCACAAUCUGCAUUUGCACGCGGCAGUUUUCGUGACCUAGCUUGCUUGGUCUGUUUGACUCAUAGCCUAGGUGCUUAGUUAGUCGCGUUGACUUGGACAGAUUUGAAGGUGGGCUGGGCAAAUCGAGGAAGCGAUGCUUCUUGAAAAUUAGCUCUACAUUAUCGUUAGCCUAUGAUAAUCAGAUAGAUAGCGGUCAUAAUCAUAAGGCUUUUGUUUAAUAUCUGAAGGAGCGGAGCCAUUGAGAGUUCUUCAGCAAACCGAAACGCUUAAAGUAGCAAACGACCUGAACAUUUUUCCAUUGACUGCCAUCAUGCUCGG